GAGAGCGGCUACUCUGUUUGCCUUCCUCGUCUCGUCUCGUCUUCCGAUCCCGCACUGCUUAUCUGCUCGAGGCGGCGCACCAACUCAGAAGUGUGAAUCGAGAUGGGUUAGGGCAGGGAGAAGAGGUCGACGACGGCAGAGCGAGCAGCCCUUCUGCCGUGCCGCCGGGGCCGGCGAAGAGAGCCUCGGCGCAGGACACUUGUUCGACGAAAUGGCGGAGAGGCUCUGCACCACCAGUGAGAGCAAAGCAGCCGUGGCUGGCGGCGGGGACCGUUUGAGCGCCCUCCCAGAAGAUGUGAUCCGGCUGGUGCUGUCCUUCCUGCCCUCCGAAGAAGCGGUGCAGACGUGCCUGCUCGCCACUCGCUGGCGCAACCUCUGGAAGUCCGUGCCGUCCCUUCGUAUCUACAGCUGCUGCUAUGGCACCGAUGAUUUUAUCGACAGCCUGCUUCGCUACCGUGACCGUGAUGCGCCUCUGCAUGAAUGCGAGAUCCUCGUUGAAGCCGAUUGCUCGGACGAGCUUCACCGAAAUGCCGAGCGGUGGCUCCGUUAUGUGGUGUCGCACAAAGUGAGGGUUCUUCGGUUCGACAUGUUAAAUCAUGCUGAUGGUUUCCCGCUCUCAGCUGGGCCUCUCGUCUCCGAGCACUCGACAAGGCUAGAUCUUUUCCGUGUUGGGUCCAAGGACCUCCCUUUAGAUGUUUCGGGCUGUCAAUCACUUGAGGAGUUGGAGAUCCGCCAAAGUGCAGUUGACAUUGGGAGCGUUGGGACUCGCUUCCCAAAAUCUUUGCGACUUCUAAGAAUCAGAGAUGUAAAUUUUCUGCCCAAGGAUACCUGGUCUUCCAUUUCUGCACCAGGUCUGCUUACCUUGGAACUAGUUGAUUGUUUGGGGAAGACUCCGUUCCUGAGCAUGCCAUCACUGGUAACGGCAUUAAUCGGGGUUGGACACGAUUGCGGGCGUUCCUAUUACUGCAAUGCCUGUGGUGGUGUGUCAUGUCCGGAGUGCUAUGGUAUAGAUGUUUGUGUGCUUCUCAAAGGUUUGUCAAGUGCUAUGAAUUUGGAGCUGAUGGGUCUUAGCUCUAUGAUCUUCAGAAGGGAGAUAAAAUGGUGCCCUACGUUUAGCAACCUCAAAACAUUGUUGCUUGGUGACUGGUUUAUGACUGCUAACUUCAGUGGACUAGUUUGCUUUCUCCGGCACUCACCAGUUCUAGAGAUGCUUCAGCUUCGACUUAGUAUUUUUUCUAAGGAAAUUGAAACGAGCCAAGUCUAUAAGCCAAAGAAACAAUUCUUGGUGUCGAAGCAUCUCAAGGCAGUCGAAAUCAUAUGUUGCGAGGGAGUUGGAAAGAUUGACCAGAUAUUAAAUGUCCUUGCUUACCAUGGAGUAAAACCAGAACUAAUUAGCAUUGAAAGGGAGCCCUCUAUUGGCUGCUUCAGUUGUAACACCACGUAGUUGUUCAGAGCUCCGACCGUGUACUAUAGCUUCUCAGUUCAGAUUCCAAUGUCCCUGGAUCUUUCACCAUAAGGUCCCUGCGUUUUGUCAUCCAAGGUCGUGCGCCGCCCUGCCCAUGUCCCAUUCACAUGAAGCAAGAACUACUGCCGAGUUAUUGUUAUGUGGCUCGCCUGGAUUCAGUUGGAAAGGCUUAAACGCCAUUGCUGUCCUGCUGCACUCUUGCCUGUUUCCUGAGCUCGCUGUCAGGCCUGAACUGAUCUCCUUGCUAAGAGCCUAUGUUUCAACUAGAUGCUUCUAGUAUUACUACAACUUAUGCAAUAUAUAAUAUGUUGAGCGUCCAGUUUCUAUCUAGUAAGCUUAGUACUACAACUUAUGCAAUAUAUAAUAAUGUUCUGUAUCCAGUUCUAUGUACUCCCUCCGUCCGAAAAUACAUGUCAUCAAAAUGGACAAAAAGGAAUGUAUCUAGAACUAAAAUACAUCCCCUUUUAUUCAUUUUGGUGACAAGUAUUUCCGGACGGAGGGAGUAGUAAACUUUCACAACACCUGUGAGUCUGUUCUAGUGAUA